UCUACUUUAAGCAUUGCACAAUAAAGAGGGGGUGACCGCAGUUUAGGGGCAAAUCAAUGGCAGUAAUAUGGCUCCAUUAGAAAUCAUCUUUAUCACAUCAGCACUGCUGGCUGGGACCCGCGCUGCAGGACCACAACCAUUAAGGGUGACAACGAUCAAGGAGGAACCAUAUGUGAUGUCUAAAGGCUCUGAGCUGGAAGGUUUCUGUAUUGACCUGCUUUCAGCUCUCUCUAAGAAACUGGACUUCAAAUAUGAUGUUCACAUGGUGAAGGAUGGCCGAUAUGGCACAACCGAUGACAGUGGCAACUGGAACGGUAUGAUAGGAGAGGUUGUCAGAGGGGAAGCCGACAUUGCCGUGGCACCGCUAACUCUUACAGCUAAACGUGAGGAAGCAGUGGACAUGACCAAACCUUACAUGCAGACUGGCAUUAGCUUCAUCUUGAGGAAGGGUCUGGCCUCUGAAGACUCACACUUCCUCAGUCUGCUCCACAUCUUCUCCACUGAGAUGUGGAUAAGUGUGCUGGUUGCAUACCUGUUGACCUCUGUCUGUAUCUUCUUGGUGGCACGGAUAAGCCCCUGUGAAUGGAAGCAACCAGAGAAAGAACAGAAUUCCUUCCCACUAUCACACAGUUUCUGGUACACUGUGGGAGCGCUGACUCUUCAAGGUGUUGGUCCUCACCCCAAGGCCCUGUCAGGCCGGGUCAUUACCGCCAUCUGGUGGCUGUUUUCAUUAGUGCUGCUUGCCUGUUACUUUGCCAACCUCAGUUCAUGGCUGCGUUCAGACAAUGAACAGCUGUCAUUCAAGAGUUUCGAAGACCUUGCCAAUCAAAACUUGAUCGAGUAUGGCACCAUUAAAGAUUCCUCCACUUUCACCUUCUUCAAGAACUCCAACAACCCAACAUACCACAGAAUCUACGAGCACAUUAAGAAAGCCCAAAGCUAUUCACUCAGUGCAGAAGAAGGCAUCCGCAAGGCGCAGAAAGGCAACUAUGCAUUCAUCGGCGAGUCUGUGUUUCUGGAUCUGGCAGUGGCCAGGUACUGUAACCUGACACGGGCCCCAGAAAUAAUCAGCAUGAGGGGUUACAGCAUUGCUGCUCCUUUGGGUUCUCCUUUGAUAAAAAACCUGAGUGUUGCUAUUCUCCGUCUGAGUGAGUCUGGUGAGCUGGAUUAUUUGCACAGUAAGUGGUGGGUGAGCAGUUGUCUGGCUAAUAAUGGCAAGAGCUCUCCACUGAAGCCGGCCAGUCUGAAGGGAAUCUUCUUAAUUCUGGCGCUGGGUCUCGGACUGGGACUCUUCAUAGCUCUCAUGGAACUGGCCUCCAAAUCACGCAACAUUGCUAACACUCAGCAGAAAUCCUGCUGCUCUGUGUUUUCUGCUGAGCUCAGCCAGCGCUUCAGAGGUGGCGAGGUGACGAAACCAGGAUCUUCUGACAAAAACAAAGCCUGAAUCUCAUCAAUGCCCUGACACAUUCAUUUAAUGCUCAGUAUCUCCACCACAAAGUUAUUCUACUAAUAAUUCAACUGGGUAAUUUUAAAUAUUAAUUCCUCUUAUUUUGCUAAACAAGUAUAAGGUUUAGAUUCAAGUAGUAAUUCUUUUUUAUUUUAGUAAAUCUUAAUUAUUUUUGAGUAAAAUGUUACCAGCUUUCCUCUGAUUUUUAUAGAAUGUAUCAAAUACAUCUAAUAUCCUUUUUACUAUUGAAAGUGUUGUAAAUGAAAAAUACAUAAAUACAGCUAAAUUACAUAUUUAGACAUGGAAGAAACAUCACAAUAACAACAAUGACCUUAAAGAUGUUGAAGAAUCAUUCCCUGGAAGCCACAAAUGACCCCAUCUUCCCUCUCAUAAGUCUCCUUGGGUCUUGACAACUUUUUCUAUGCCAGCAGGGCCCAUUAAAACUAUUAUUUUGUAUCAAAUGUAGGCAACUGUAAAGCAACAUGUUCUUGGUACACUGUAAAUGAUCUUUGUUGUUUUGACUGUAUUAUUGCUGUAUUUCCAACUGCAACUUUACUGUCAAACUGAGCUGUAUUCUUUAGGGAAAAAAUGAACGGGAAAAUAAUAACUGGCCAAUCUCAAACCUGCACAUACACAUUUUAGAGGGGAAAUUUGUGGUAUUGUUUGGUGAUCUAUUAUUAAAAAGACAAAACCAUGGAGAAGUCUUUUCAGCAUUGGAUUUUCUUAUACAAUCGCAUAAAAAGUAGAACUCUAUGGGAAUGCACCUGGAAACCUGUGAACGUUGAGCCUGCACUCGACUUCUUAGUCACUUCAGCCUUGAGAGUAGCAGAAGCAAAGUGAUCUCUUUUCAACUGAACCAGGUGAGCACCAUAAUCACAAAAGACAUCUUUUAGCAGUUUAUAAUUAUCUUUUCAAACAUUCAUAAUUUGACAAUUAAGAUCUGCAUGUAAUAAAACAAAAAAAAAACAACAAAAAAAACAGGAAUCCUGCAGGAAUUUUCUGCAGUUUUCCUACAGGAUUUUUGGCUUAUUUUCCAUUAGCAAUCCUGCAGUUUCUGCAUUUUUCUGAAUUUUCUAUAAAUUUUAUUUACAUAUGGAAAUGUUGUCGAAGAAUUACAUAAUUUAAGUUCCAGUCAGUCACACCUAGAAAACAGAGAAUUAAACAAGCUAAGAAACAAUAUUGCUGACAACUGUGAAAAGUACAUCAAAACAAUGGUGUGAGAUGAGAUCCUAACAGUGAAAAAUAUAUACAUUUUAGGUGGUAAUAGGUUUCAGUGGCAUGCACAGAAGGGGGGCUGCAGGGGCGCCCACAAGAAAAGAUUAAUUUUCUCACUUUCACUUGGAACAAGCUUUCAAGGUGCUUUCCCUCCUACAGCAGUGCCCUUCAAGGGAGAAAAGAAAUGCAGUUUGGAAUUCACCCCAGAACAUCAAAGUGGCGUUGCCUCAGAAGAGUAAAAGGUCAGAUAAAAAGUACACUUUAUGUAUUGUAGUCUAUGUUCAUCAAAAGAAUAAAACUUGAUGGCUUUUC